AUGAUUUUGGUGAACUUAAAGACUUCUCAAAAGGUUUGGCUGUUUGGAAUUCUAUGGUUAUUGAGCGCCUUGACUUGGAAGAUCGCUGCACAAACUACUCAAAACAUCAAUGUCUUGUUUAUAAACGAGGUGGAUAAUGAACCGGCGGCCAAGGCGGUGGAUGUGGCGAUUACCUAUUUGAAAAAGAAUAUACGAUAUGGACUCUCCGUACAGCUGGAUUCUAUUGAGGCGAAUAAAACGGAUGCCAAAGUGCUCCUGGAAGCCAUUUGUAAUAAGUAUGCGACAAGUAUUGAGAAAAAACAGACGCCCCACUUGAUCCUGGAUACCACGAAAUCGGGAAUAGCCUCGGAAACGGUGAAGAGUUUCACCCAGGCUCUGGGUCUGCCCACCAUUAGUGCCUCCUAUGGCCAGGAGGGAGAUUUGAGGCAGUGGCGUGACUUGGACGAGGCGAAGCAAAAGUAUUUGCUGCAGGUAAUGCCGCCGGCAGAUAUUAUUCCCGAGGUUAUCCGAAGUAUAGUGAGGCAUUUGAACAUCACAAAUGCUGCCAUUCUGUAUGAUGAGACCUUCGUUAUGGAUCACAAGUACAAGUCCCUGCUGCAGAAUAUCCAAACGCGUCAUGUCAUCACUGCGAUAGCCAAGGAUGGAAAUCGCGAGCGCGAGGAGCAGAUUGAAAAGCUGAGGAAUCUGGACAUAAAUAACUUCUUUAUACUGGGCAAUCUGCAGUCGAUUCGCAUGGUCCUGGAAUCCGUAAAGCCGGCUUAUUUUGAACGUAACUUUGCCUGGCAUGCCAUCACUCAGAGCGAGGGAGAGAUUAGCAGUCAGCGGGACAAUGCGACCAUCAUGUUCCUGAAGCCCAUGGCGUAUACGCAAUAUCGGGAUCGCUUGGGACUUCUAAGAACCACCUUUAAUUUAAACGAGGAGCCCAUGUUGUCGUCGGCUUUUUACUUUGAUUUGGCACUCAGGAGUUUUCUCACCAUCAAGGAAAUGCUACAAUCUGGAGCCUGGCCGAAGGACAUGGAGUACCUGAACUGCGAUGAUUUCCAAGGCGGCAAUACACCCCAGAGAAACGUGGAUCUUCGGGAAUAUUUCACCAAGAUUAGCGAGCCGACAUCCUACGGAACCUUCGAUCUCGUCACGCAACCCAGGCAGCCCUUCAACGGCUACAGCUACAUGAAAUUCGAAAUGGACAUAAACGUGCUUCAGAUUCGUGGCGGGAGUUCCGUGAACAGCAAAUCGAUUGGCACCUGGGCAGCCGGCCUGGACUCGCCCCUCAUCGUCAAGGAUGAGGAGCAGAUGAGGAAUCUAACCGCGGACACGGUCUAUCGAAUCUUCACUGUUUUGCAAGCUCCCUUUAUUAUGCGCGAUGAGACGGCCCCGAAGGGAUACAAAGGAUACUGCAUAGAUCUGAUCAAUGAGAUAGCCGAUAUAGUCCACUUUGACUACACUAUUCAGGAGGUGGAGGAUGGGAAAUUCGGCAACAUGGACGAAAAGGGCGAAUGGAAUGGGAUUGUCAAAAAGUUGAUUGAUAAGCAGGCGGAUAUUGGCCUUGGCAGCAUGUCUGUGAUGGCCGAACGGGAGAUUGUGAUUGACUUUACGGUUCCGUAUUACGAUCUAGUAGGUAUCACCAUCAUGAUGCAGCGACCCAGCUCGCCCAGUUCGCUGUUCAAGUUCCUCACUGUUCUGGAGACGAAUGUGUGGCUCUGCAUCCUGGCCGCCUACUUCUUCACCAGCUUUCUCAUGUGGAUCUUCGAUCGCUGGAGCCCGUAUAGUUACCAGAAUAACCGCGAGAAAUACAAGGAUGACGAGGAGAAGCGGGAGUUUAAUCUCAAGGAGUGCCUCUGGUUCUGCAUGACUUCGCUGACUCCUCAGGGAGGUGGCGAGGCUCCUAAGAAUCUCUCUGGACGUCUGGUGGCCGCCACUUGGUGGUUGUUCGGCUUCAUCAUCAUUGCCUCCUACACGGCCAACUUGGCUGCCUUUUUGACCGUCUCCCGUUUGGAUACGCCCGUCGAAAGUUUGGAUGACCUGGCCAAGCAGUACAAGAUCUUGUAUGCUCCCCUGAACGGCUCAUCGGCGAUGACAUAUUUCGAGCGUAUGGCCAAUAUAGAGCAGAUGUUCUACGAGAUCUGGAAGGAUCUGUCGCUGAAUGACUCACUCACUCCGCUGGAGCGCUCCAAGCUGGCCGUUUGGGAUUAUCCGGUGAGCGAUAAGUACACCAAAAUGUGGCAGGCCAUGCAGGAGGCGUCGCUACCAGCCACCCUCGAUGAGGCGGUGGCCAGGGUCCGCAAUUCCACGGCAGCCACGGGAUUCGCCUUCCUGGGCGAUGCCACCGAUAUUCGCUACCUGCAGUUGACCAACUGCGAUUUGCAGGUAGUGGGCGAGGAGUUUUCCAGGAAACCCUAUGCCAUUGCCGUCCAGCAGGGCUCACAUCUCAAGGAUCAGUUCAAUAAUGCCAUCCUGACCCUGCUCAAUAAAAGACAGCUGGAGAAGCUCAAGGAGAAGUGGUGGAAGAACGACGAAGCUCAGGCCAAAUGCGAGAAGCCGGAGGAUCAAUCGGAUGGCAUUUCUAUCCAGAACAUUGGCGGCGUCUUCAUUGUGAUCUUCGUGGGCAUCGGAAUGGCCUGCAUUACGCUGGUCUUUGAGUACUGGUGGUAUAGAUACCGCAAGAACCCGCGGAUCAUCGACGUGGCCGAGGCCCAUGGCGAUCGAUCGGAUGGUAAGGAUCAUCCUGGCAAAAUGGCCGAUGGAGUGAUUCUGGGCAAUUCGGGCGAGAAGUUCGAGAAAUCAAAUGCUGCACUGCGUCCGCGCUUUAACCAGUAUCCGGCCACAUUCAAGCCACGUUUCUAGUUUAACUCUGUUUGGCGAUGUAUCGAAUAUUAUGGUAAAACGUGCACUGGGAUGUCUACGUCUAGUAUUUAAGAAAUUUUAAGACACUUUGUGCA